AUGGAUAUAGUUAUAACCCCGAAGUGUAGUUCCUCUGAUUCAGAGUCUAACUCAGAUGAUCAUGCCAACCUUUGGCUGCUUCUCCCUCAAGACUUGAUGUUUUAUAUUUUUACUUUCGUUCGUCUUAACUGUUUGAUUAACUCUGUCAGAUAUGUAUGCAAACCUUGGGCUGCUGCUAUUGCCAGCUCCCGUUUUGCCGAAGCUUGCGAACACUUCCAUGGACGUUCUAAACCUGGUCUUUACGUUCAAAAUCGCAAGUCAAAAAGAAGAUCUUAUUUCUUGGAAUUUAAAGAUGAUGUGAAUGGCCAAUUUGAAAGGAUUGAUUUGGCAACACCGAAAAAAAUGGGACAUGUAAUUGGGACUUGUGAUGGCAUAUUGCUUCUUUUGAGUACAGCUAAACAACUUUUUGUUGCGAACCCCGUCCUCAAGUCUUGGCUUACAAUUCCUUCUUUUCCUGUUUCUCAACUAUCUGUUUCUCGACAAUUUCGAUAUGUUGUUCGCUAUCAUGUUAGCCAUCACUGUACUAUAGCAUGUGUUCCCCAUACUGCCAAAUUGAAGGUGUUCUAUGUAGAUGUCCUCGUAUUUUCAGGCGUUUCUUGGUAUGUUUUCUAUGUGCUAAGAGUUGGAAUAGAUCACUCAUGGAAAGAGAUAGCUAGAAAACAAGCUCCCCUUCUUUCCUACACAUUAUCGAAACCUGUAUGUAACGGAGGCAAUGCUCUUUACUGGAUAACAGAAAGGGAAGUGAUUGUGAUGGAUGUUGACAAGGAAAUCAUUGUACGAGAAUAUCCACUUCCUGCCAGAGCCAUGAGUUUUGGUAUGACUUCAAAAUAUUUAUGGAUGGGAGAUUUCCUUUCUUGCAUUGUGUCUGAAAUUUCUCAGAUACCAUACGAAAUCUACAUUUUGGAUCUUGAUUCAGGAAUAUGGACUCUUUAUCAUGAGAUGGGACCUUUUGAUUAUAUGGCCACUUGUGGUCAUGAUCUUAAUAAUACAAUUGUGUCUUUUCGUUUGUGGAUCAACAAUCAAAUUAUCUUUCGAGUAAGUCUAGAUCAAAAUCAUUCGCGCAAAAACAUUCAUUUUGGUUACAAUGUGAAGACCAAACAAUUGAGAAAGAUUGAGGACAUUGAGUUGGGAGAAUUUGUAGUAUGGCUUCACAAUAACAGUCUAGUUUCUCUGCCAACUACUCCUGCAUAG